CUUUGAACAUUGAUCUCUAUAUAUGAUGUUCUGACCAAUUUACACUACCAUGCAGUUAAACAUUCAUUUACGUCGUUUUUAUGUAACCACCCGCUAAAAGUUUCAUGGCUUUAUAGUAUGACCACUCACCCAAGCUUGCUUUCAUCCACUAUGGCUGAUUUUGGGGAGAUUCUUGAAGCUAUAGGCAGCUUUGGGCUUUUCCAAAAACUUCUCUUGUUCGCACUAUGCUUCCCAAACCUCAUACUGCCAUUUCAUUUCGUCAGUCUCAUCUUCAACAAUGCCGACACAAACCACCAUUGCAACACUGACUGGAUUCUUCAAGUGGAUCCCAAUCUGACAAGAGAAGAGCAGCUUCACCUGACCGUGCCCAUGCUCCAGGAUGGAUCCUAUAGUCCCUGUCUCAUGUACAAGCCUGUGAAUUGGAGUCUCUCUGCUAUACGGGAAUAUGGCUUGAAUGAAACCACAGCUUGCAUUGAUGGAUGGGUACAUAAUGAUACUAUGUAUGAGUCAACAAUUGUUACAGAGUUUGAUCUUGUUUGUGACAAUGUAAAUUCACUUAGGGGCGCACAGACAGUAUUAUUGGCUGGAAUACUAGUUGGCAGUCUUCUCUUUGGCCCUUUAUCAGAAUCGUUAGGCCGCAAGCGGGCAACCCAGAUUCCUAUGGUGCUCAUGCUCAUUUUCACAGUCAUAAUUGGGCUCUCUCCGAACUUUUAUGUGUAUAUCGCAUCCCAGUUUUUUGUAGGUAUUUCCUACGGAGGAUUUCGGAUCAACUGCAUUAUCCUUGCCACUGAGUGGGUUGGAGUCACUCAGAGAUCCUAUGCAUCUUGUUGGAGUCAGUUAUUGGGAGCUGUGGGACAAGUCGUAAUUCUUGGCCUCAUAUAUUUCGUAAGGGACUGGAGAUUGUGCCAGUUUAUAAUGACUGGUCCAAUUGGAUUUGUGACACUUUACAUAUGGUUUAUACCAGAAUCUGCUAGGUGGCUUCUUGACCGUGGAAGAACAGCAGAUGCACAAAAACUCAUUCAGAAAGUAGCUGCGAUCAACAAACGCACAGUUCCUGAUUCAAUAGUGGAGAAGGUCUUAACCGUAAAGCCUGCUCACAGAGGGGGCAUAAAAAUCCUUUUGUCUUCACAUGUGCUCAGGAAAUAUUUUAUAGUUGUUGCGUUUGGAUGGGGUGCUCUAAGCCUGUCAUACUACAGCCUCUCUCUGAAUGUGGGGAAGUUUGGCCUUGAUAUUUUCCUCACUCAGCUUAUAUUUGGUCUUUCUGAGGUGCCUGUUCAUUUUAUCUGCAUGUGGUUAUUGGAAACGGUGGGGAGGAAGGCAUCUUUCAUGGGUACCCUCCUAAUCGGAGGCCUUUUCUGUAUGCUGACCAUUGCAGUUCCUCAAGGUAAUUACAUUGCCAUCACUGCUCUUGCCACAUUUGGAAGACUUCUCAUGAACGGGGCUGGCAGCGUUUGCAAUGUUUAUAUUCAAGAACUGUUUCCCACCUCUAUCCGUCAGACAGUCACCGGGCUGGGCGCCACAGUCGCACGGAUAGGAAGUUUGUUGUCUCCUGUACUGGGCAUGUUGGAGGUCUACCACUUUUCCAUACCCACUGUGGUGUUUAGCAGCUUAGCACUAAUAAGUGGAGCUUUGGCCUUCCUUCUUCCUGAGACCAGACGCACUGAGCUACCUGACUCCACAGAAGAGGCUGAAGGCCAAAGAAAAACAACAAGGACAUCUGGGAUUUGUGAAGAAUUCGAAGCAACCAAGUUAUAAACCAUUGACUUUAUGCAAGUGAUGUUUAUGUGUCUUCAUUUCUAUUAAAUGUUCUGUGUUUUGAUGAUUUCAUUCUCAUUCAACAUUUUAA